AUGUCUAGUACUAAGCAAAUCGCGACGGCGUCGUCCAGCAGUUCAACUGCUUACGACAACGCCGAUGCGAAAGCUCGCCUCUAUGCCUAUGAAAUCCCUCCAAUGCCCCCGGGCGAAUAUGAGAUCAUCACAACUCAAGAAGUCAAAUCUGGCAAUGACACUGAGAAACUGGUAUCAACACAACCCGUCACAGUCAAGGCGUGUCAACCAUACGCCAUACCACCAGAGCUCGUUCACUCAUUCUAUCCGCCAAAUCUGGGCACCGUGAGCGCAACAACGCUUCCUCACGUCGUUCUCAAAGGCGCGACACCUUGGGAACGAUCGCAAACACAUACUCCGGGCACUGCUCCAACGCCAUGGGUUGCUCUGCUUCUUUUUACAGAUGAGGAUCUGUGUGUGCCUCCGGAGGUGACCAGCGCUGCCAAACCCUCUGGUACUCGAUCAUUCACACUUCCCUUGAGCCUAUUCAACAGCAGUCGCUCAAAGUGGUGUCAUAAGAAUGACUAUUCCGACACUGAUGUGCCGGUCAAGGGUGAUGGAACACCAGCGACUGCUGACUUCCUGUUUGUCAAGAGCAGCGCGUUCAAGAUGUAUUUUGAGCGUCAAGACUCAGCUGGCAAGACUGAACAACAGGGAGGGGCAGACUUGGAUCGCUAUAAACUCCUCACGUACAUCACAGACAGCGGUGUCAAGGAUGAAAGUGGUCAUGUUACGAAUAAACUCAGCACGCUCAUUGGCCAUCGGGCGAGGCCAUAUAUUUUGGAAGAUCAGACAAUCAAAGUGUAUGCGCACAUCGUCUCAAUUGAGACCUUGGAUGGUCGCAUCGACUGGAAAGCUGCAAGCCAGGCCUCAGCAACAGUCGCUCUUGUCUCUCUGUUUUCCUGGACUUUCAACUGGGAGAAGCACACUGAGAAACUUGAGAUGUUCGAAAAUCUCGCUGAUCCGAAGAGCAUUCGCCCGCUGGCGAUCAAACUUCCGCCAACGGAUCCCAACAAACCAGACGACCCCUCGGCUGCGUGGGUUCGGCGAAGGGUCACAGAAGGGUACACCAUUGUACGACACCGCGACAUUGCCGGCGAAUCGUCCAUGGCGCUGUACCGAGGACCUCUUCUUCCAAGUUUAUCGCGUAAAGCGCGCAUCAAGCCAAGCGUCCAUGGAACCGAUCUGCAAAUCAUCGACACAUCAGCCAGAAUUCUUGAUAUCUCGUACAAUACGGCCUGGGAGCUGGGUCGAACACUGGCAGGUCGCGAUGCCAAGUUCUCAACGGCCAUUGCCUACCUCCGCCGAAAGCUGUGCAUGAAGGCCGUAACGAAGUCCAAGGCCUCAGGGAACAAUGCCGAGAAGGUUAAGGACGCAGAGAAUGAGCAACCACAGCUCAUGCACAAGGCGGACGCCGUUGUUGAUAGCGCACUAUCUAAACUUAAUGGGCUUUUCAAGGGCUCUGUGGCGGCAAAGAUGCAGGGCCUGCCGAGAGAUGGAGAUUUGAGAUGGCAGAUCGCUUCUCCUCCAGCAACAUCCAUGGCGGCAGCGCCAGGCGUGAUGACCUUUGAGAAACUGCGCAGACAUCUUGAGAGUGCAGCGAAGCCCUGGCUUGAAGAUAGGACUCUGGAACUAUGCCAGGCUACGCCCGUCGUUUCCUCAAUCCCUCAGUUGGGUCUCGUGUUCAAUUGGCUCAUCGAUAAUCUCAUGUCUUUGAAGCUAGUCCCAGCGACGUAUCUUUUCCCCGACCCUGCUGUCCUUGCGAAAGAGAGCAUCAACUGCUUUCUCAUGGAUGAUAUUUGGAUUGACGCCCUUGUCGACGGCGCUAUGAGUCUUGCCAACACUAUGGGAGGAGGCAGUGAUCCUGUCCGCGAUCUUAUUCGCUGGGCUUUCAACCUGUAUCUUGAAAGGGCACCAGCAGAUCGUGUGCAAAUCGGUGGCUCAGGCUUCAUCGUCCGGAGUGGUAUCGUGGAAUCAUUCCCCGAUCUCGAGAUGACCAUUACUACCAAACUUCCAGGAUCAGAUGAAGACACUCCUCUGAACUGCGCGUAUCGAACACGCAACGAGGACAUGAUUCUCUGCCUCGUGGCUCGGGGUAAGGAUCAGAAAUUGGUAGACUACACCGUCAAGCUCAAGCUACCACCACACCAACAGCGAUACAAUGUGGGAUCCGUCAAAAAAGAUUCGAUGAAGUUUACCUGCGAGAUGAAGCCAUUCUUGAAGAUGACGCAGAAGUUCAAGGACGCUUUGCGAAAAGAUGAAGUAGAGAAUGACAUCGAGUGGAGCAGGACUGCUGUUAUCAGUCCUCCUGAUUUCCCCUUCAAACCCAUCUGGAACCACGACACUGGUGUCCUCACUCCUCACCUCUUGGUUAAUAUCAUGGAUCACUUUAUUGAUCAAAACAAAGACCGUGUCCCCUGGAAUAGGCCAGCACCAGACUCGAAAGUGGUGUAUAUCGCGACGCAGUUGCUGGACCGCGAUCACUGCGUCAAACUCAACUUCAAUGUGACCGCUGGCAAAGAGAGCAAACCUCGAGUCAUCUUCCCUGAACAGCCGGAUCCAGAAGAAGAUAAUCGCGAACCGGUAACCGAGCAUCUACCUGAGAGUACAGAAGCCAAGAUGAAGUCGUGGUUCAAAAAGCUGGCCUUUUCUCAAGACUCCCCAGGCCGCAACAUACCACCGCAGUCCAACACACCUCAAAACAUCGUCUUCUCCAUCAAAGCUAUCCCUACGCUCAAGAACAACGUCCCAGCAGGCACAGAAGUGUUUGCCAUCGAAGUCACAAUCCCCAUCGGCGAAGAUCCAUCCCAUCUUCUCGACCAUCUAGCACCUUUACCUACUGUGCGCGCCAUUGGGCCGAGACAACAGUGGAUCGCGGCUACGACACAUAGACCGGCUACGAAAGAGUCGCCUGCUGAGAUGGUGGUUCAUUUGAAGCCCCGUGGGACAGCUGGAGGGGGCGCUACGUUCGCGGAGGGGUUGGAUGCCAGUUUCAUGCUUAUGAGGGCGACGGUCAAUGGUGUUGUGGGUAAUGAUGUUGAGAUUAAGACAAAGGAGGUUUAUGGGAGGUGGGAGAAGGGUAAGAAGGCGGAUGGUAACGAAGUUUCUGUAGUAGCUACGACCGAAGUUAUGGAUAAAUGGACGCUGCGUAAGGAAUAA